AUGAAUUCACAAGAAAAGAUAGAAAUUUACGAACAGAAUGCCAAGUACAUUCGGGAAUUAGUUGGAACCGAGGGCAUGCUAGAGACACCGAUCGAUCUCGACAUUAGUUACAUGAAAGUGAUCGAUCUGGAACCUUUCGAAUGGCCUGGUAUCGAUGUGACGCCGAGAAAAUUGAAAAUUACCAAUACGGGUUUUACAGUAAUUCUGAGCGCAAAAUGGCAACAAGGAUCUCCUUACCUUUGCAAGGGGCCGUUAGAAGGGAAUUACGUGUUCGCGCAAGUUCACUUUCAUUGGGGAGAGAACGAGAUGAGAGGGAGCGAGCACUUCGUUGACGGUGCAAGCAUGCCUAUGGAACUUCAUGUCGUGCAUUACAAAGAGGAAUAUGAAACGUUAGACUUAGCACUUCGACGACCUAAUGGCGUUACUAUCAUAGUAUAUUUUUGUAAAGUAACGUAUUCGUAUACAUAUAUGCUUACAUUUUUAGACGUAAAAUGUUUUCUAUAUUCUUAG